UGGGAGGGGGGCGGGGGCCGGGGGCGAAGUGACCAGGCGGCGGUCGCGACGGCUCUGCUGAGGUGACAAUGUGCUAGGAGCCCUCGCUCGGUUCCCUGCGCCCCUCGGCCUCCGCGCCGGCUCUCGCCGCGCUCACGGAGCCCUCUCGCCCGCCGCCGCGCUAUGAGGGCGCCUCUCCGGGGCUGGCCGAGACCGGAGCCAGCUCGCUCUGCUCGCGGGGAAGCGUGAAGCGAGGCAGCGGCUGGCACCGGGCUGCGCGCGGCACUCGGGGACCGGCGUGGGUUCCAGAUGCAUUUUGUAGGAGUAUUUUGAGGAUGAAUGUUUGCAAAUCAUUUUGAAAUUGCCAAGCGCCACAUACAUGGGAUGCAUUUUGCUUUUAUGCUGGAGUUCACCCCUGUGGCUUGGAUUUAUCACAGUAGCAUCUGUCUUCGGUCUGUUUGCUAACUAGAAAUCAAGAAAAGACAUGAGGAGGUUUGUUUACUGCAAGGUGGUCCUUGCCACUUCGCUGAUGUGGGUUCUGGUUGAUGUCUUCUUACUCCUGUACUUCAGUGAAUGUAACAAAUGUGAUGACAAGAAGGAGAGAUCCCUUCUACCUGCUCUCAGGGCUGUUAUUUCAAGAAACCAAGAAGGGCCAGGAGAAAUGGGAAAGGCUGUGCUGAUUCCUAAAGAUGACCAGGAGAAAAUGAAAGAACUGUUUAAAAUCAAUCAGUUUAACCUCAUGGCCAGUGAUUUGAUUGCCCUUAACAGAAGUCUGCCGGAUGUGAGAUUAGAAGGAUGCAAGACGAAGGUCUACCCUGAUGAACUUCCAAACACAAGUGUAGUUAUUGUGUUUCAUAAUGAAGCUUGGAGCACCCUCCUUCGAACUGUUUACAGCGUUAUAAAUCGUUCUCCACACUAUUUACUUUCUGAGGUCAUCUUGGUAGAUGAUGCCAGUGAAAGAGAUUUUCUCAAGUUGACAUUAGAGAAUUAUGUGAAAAAUUUAGAAGUACCAGUAAAAAUUAUCAGAAUGGAAGAGCGCUCCGGGUUAAUACGUGCCCGCCUUCGAGGAGCAGCUGCUUCAAAAGGGCAGGUCAUCACUUUCCUUGAUGCACACUGUGAAUGUACCGUGGGCUGGCUGGAGCCCUUGCUGGCGAGAAUAAAGGAAGACAGGAAAACAGUUGUAUGCCCCAUCAUUGAUGUGAUUAGUGAUGAUACCUUUGAAUAUAUGGCUGGGUCAGACAUGACUUAUGGUGGUUUUAACUGGAAACUGAAUUUUCGUUGGUAUCCUGUUCCCCAAAGAGAAAUGGAUAGGAGGAAAGGAGACAGAACAUUACCUGUCAGGACCCCUACUAUGGCUGGUGGCCUAUUUUCUAUUGACAGAAACUACUUUGAAGAGAUAGGAACUUACGAUGCAGGAAUGGAUAUCUGGGGUGGAGAGAAUCUUGAAAUGUCUUUUAGGAUUUGGCAAUGUGGAGGCUCAUUGGAGAUUGUGACUUGCUCUCAUGUGGGUCAUGUUUUUCGGAAGGCAACUCCAUACACCUUUCCUGGUGGCACCGGUCAUGUCAUCAACAAGAACAACAGGAGACUGGCAGAAGUGUGGAUGGAUGAAUUUAAAGAUUUCUUCUAUAUCAUAUCCCCAGGUGUUGUCAAAGUGGAUUAUGGAGAUGUGUCAGUCAGAAAAACACUGAGAGAAAAUCUGAAGUGUAAGCCCUUUUCUUGGUACCUUGAAAACAUCUAUCCGGACUCCCAGAUUCCAAGACGUUAUUACUCACUUGGUGAGAUAAGAAAUGUUGAGACUAAUCAAUGUUUAGACAACAUGGGCCGCAAGGAAAAUGAAAAAGUGGGCAUAUUCAACUGUCAUGGUAUGGGAGGAAAUCAGGUAUUUUCUUAUACCGCUGACAAAGAAAUCCGAACCGAUGACUUGUGCUUGGAUGUUUCUAGACUCAAUGGACCUGUAAUCAUGUUAAAAUGCCACCACAUGAGAGGAAAUCAGUUAUGGGAAUAUGACGCUGAGAGACUCACCUUGAGACAUGUGAACAGUAACCAGUGUCUCGAUGAACCUUCUGAAGAAGACAAAAUGGUGCCUACCAUGCAGGACUGCAGUGGCAGCAGGUCCCAGCAGUGGCUGCUGAGGAACAUGACUUUGGGGGCGUGAAGACCACUUCCCCCAAGCCAUGGAAGUGUCUACACUUUUGUUUUUCCAUUAUUUCAAUUAAGGAAAAAGAUUAACUUUGCUGAAUUGAAAGUUUAAAAAUCCUUUUAGUAUUCUAAAACACAGUUGUUUAUAAUUCAUUUUUAGGAAUGUUUGCUUAUUUCCCUACAAAAUUUGUAUCUGAUCAAAAGCACAUAAAAAUAUGAAUAACAGCAAACUGUUGUUAAACAUUUGAAAAACUUUAAAAAAAGUGUUUGCUUAAAAAAACACACACACACCUCUUUAUUGCCCUCAUGUCACAGGAUUAGUUGUGGGGAGGGGUAUUUUUAUUUUUUAUUUUCAUAGUGAUUGAAAGAGAGACAAUGUAAAUGCCUUAUAAAAUAUCUUCAUUAUGUAAUAGAAUCAUUUUAUAAACUCACUCUGUUUCUACUGGACCUUCAUGGAAACAUGUUGAAUUUCUUUGUCAACAGCAGGCCAUACAUUGUAUUUCUGAGCAAUGAAUUCAUCAUACACAAUAAGUUCCAAGUUUUGUACCAGAAAAAAAACCAAUAAACUGGACCUUGACUUACAGAGUUGUUAUAAAAGCAUCACAUUUAAACAAAAAACAAUAACAAAAAAAGAGAAGAAUUUGGAAAUUCAAUUUAAAGGACCUGAAAUCAGAAGCAGCAAGCUAGGUGUGGCGGGGAGCAAGAUGAUGAAGCUAAACUGCAACAAUUGAAUCAUUUAAGAAGAUUCUGUUUAGGUGGUAAUCAGUCCUCUCACAGGCUGAGUGUUUAACAAUCAUAUUGGUUCCAGAGUUAAAGUUGGAAACUCAAUCCUUAACAACUAUCUUUGUCUCACAUAAACCAUGCAGUCCUUUUCUCUUCACUCUAGAGACUGUGUCUUGUCACUUAUGCUGUACAGAAUUGUAGGCAAAGGGUGAAGAGUAUUAGUCCUGAUUUUUUGUCUCCUACAUGUAAAAAUGUUAGGCCACUAUUACCAUUUUAAUUUUAAAAGAUGAUUCACUGCUAUGCUAGAAUAUCUAAAAAUUUCAUUCCUAAGGGAAUGAACUCAGUACACAUCCAUGAAACUUUUCUUUUCAUUAAUCUGUUAGAUACCAUUUGCCGUUAACUUAUGGCUCAAGGAGCACAGUCAUGUUAGGCUAACUUCACACAUUCUAUUUCCAUCUUAAAGCCCUUUGUGCAAAAUGAAUGAGUAGAAGAUACUAAAAAGAAGAAAACUCUAUCAGUGAAAAUUGAGCUAACAACUUUUAGAAUUUCACAUCAUUUAAAAUGCCCUUAAAGUAGCUCUACAUAUGUAUUUUAGUCAUUAAUAAAUACAUUCAGCAGCUAAGAG